GUAUGUCCCACAUAUCUCUCACUUCCCCUUCCCGCCGUGCGGCCGGCCACUUCAUUGCGGAUGCGGCCCACUUCACUGCCAUGAAGGCCCCAUGGCGGAGUUCACGGUUCAGUUGGACCUGACUGGAGCUCCUGGACUGGGUCUCGAGGUCGACUGGGCAGAUGGCAAGACCUUGCUUAUCAAGAGCGUCAAGGCCACCGGUGCGGUGCCCAACUGGAACAGCGCCAGUGAUGCCUCGAAGCGAAUCCACGCGAACGACCGGGUGCUCUCCAUCAACGGAACCUCUGGCGAUCCGAAGGCGAUGCUGGCGGUUUGCAAAAAGGACAAGAAGCUGUCACUACUGGUGCGAACGGGAUCUUCGGCACCGAUUACGUCAGCGGUGCAGACCGCAGUGCAAACGGCGGCAGACACAGGAAAAGCCGGAACGUCCGCCCCCGUGCCGAAGUUCUUCGAGUUUAACGUCACAGUGGAUAUGUCAUUCCACACGCGUUUGGGCUUGGACGUGGACUGGGCCAAUAGCAAAUCCUUGUACGUCCGGCAUCUACAAGCGGGUGCCGUGGAAGAAUGGAACCGCCAGCACCCCGCGCACUUGUCCGUGCAUGCGGGCGACCGCAUUGUCUCGGUCAAUGGCUUCUCGGAGAACGCCGAGGGCAUGCUGAGCCUUUGUCGCGAGCUGGCGCAGAGCCGGAGCAGCUUUCAGCUGCGUGUGCGCGGACCACCGCCUCCGCCGGCAGAGAGCAAGGAAGCUCCAAAAGAGAAGGAGAGUGAUAGUAGUGAAGAGAAAGGCAAAGCGAAGGACAAGGAGAAGAAGAAGGACAAAGAAAAAUCCAAGAAGGAUAAGGAAAAGGAGAAGGCAAAAGACAAGGAGAAGUCCAAGAAGAACAAAAAGGACAAGGAGGACAAGGAGAAAAGUCGCAAACGAGCGCGCUCCUCCUCAAGUUGAUGCUGAAGCCUUACUUUUCUUUGUGCAGAAAAAUGGAGCGAGAUCGUGCCCCCGUAGUGCAGGGCGCAAAAGUUUGAUGAACACUGAUUUGAUGAAGAUUCUUAUUCUUAGUCCAUUUAGAUCUAUUACAUGGAAGCCUCAAGGUGUGCUUUUGUGAAGCAACUUCGCUGAAAUCUGCGACGAUGCUCGACGUUCCGCUUGGUUCAUGCAUCAGACGACAACAUGGCCCCCUCCCCGUGUGUUGAGA